AUGGGGGUAUCAGGCGGUCACCAUCGUCGGCGGAGCUCGGUGCUCACAGGCGCCGCGCGAUCCUCUCCUGCGACUCCCUCGGACCGGAGGGAUGAGAGUCUGCGACCAGGCGAAGCACCGAAGUGGGACGAAGAGCCCUUGACUGCCGAGGACACAGACACGUCUGAUCUUUCGACUUCAGUUGUCGACAACAAUCGGGACAUUGAAAUGAGCUCAGACGAUGACCAGUAUGAUGAGGAGACUGGCCUGACAGCUAAUCAGAAGCGUCGACGCCGGCGCCGGCGCCGGCAACGCAGAAAGCUGGAUGCCCGCAUCGCAGACGUCAAGUCGACUCGAUCAAUCUUCCACUUAGGCCUGGCCGAUCGCAAUGUCGCCAAGAGGCUAUCCGUCAACGGCGGGUUGAUCCUCAUGUGGUAUUUCUUCUCUUUGUCCAUUUCAAUUUACAAUAAAUGGAUGUUCUCCGAAAGCGACAUCGUCUUCCCUUUCCCUCUCUUUACAACCAGCCUGCACAUGCUUGUCCAGUUCACCUUCGCCGCUCUUAUACUAUGGAUCUUCCCGUCAUUACGCCCUCGCCACCCACCGUCGUCUCCCUCGAGCUCGCCAGUGGAAGGCCUCAAAACCAACGAGCCCGUCCUCACCAAACUAUUCUAUCUCACACGCCUCGUACCUUGCGGCGCGGCCACAUCCCUCGACGUCGGACUUGGCAACAUGUCCCUCAAGUUCAUUUCUCUUACCUUCCUCACAAUGUGUAAAUCCUCUGCCCUCGCUUUCGUUCUUCUCUUUGCUUUCCUAUUCCACCUGGAAACGCCGUCUUUCAAGUUGAUCAUUAUAAUCGCCGCAAUGACGAUCGGUGUGGUGAUGAUGGUUGCUGGAGAGACUGCUUUCAACGCACUCGGAUUCACGCUGGUCAUCGCAUCUGCCUUCUUCUCCGGUUUCCGAUGGGGUCUGACCCAGAUCCUCUUACUGCGGCAUCCCGCUACGUCGAAUCCUUUCUCGACUCUCUUUCUCCUUACACCAGUCAUGUUCUUUUCUUUGAUUUUCAUUGCCCUCGCCGUUGAGGGCCCUAACGAUAUUCACCAAGGAUUCUUGAAGCUUGCCGAAAAGCACGGAACGGGUAUUGGUGCUGGCUUGCUUAUUUUCCCUGGCGUUCUUGCAUUCUGCAUGAUUUCCUCCGAAUUCGCACUUCUGAAGCGCUCUUCCGUCGUCACCUUGAGUAUCUGCGGUAUCUUCAAGGAAGUUGUGACGAUUAGCGCAGCAGGUAUUAUUUUCCACGACAAACUCACGCCUGUCAACAUAACCGGCCUGGUAGUCACCAUUGGCAGCAUUGCUUGCUACAACUACAUGAAGAUCUCUCGCAUGCGUAGCGAAGCCGAUGACUCUUCGAGUCGUGAGGGAACAUCCGAAUCUGACAGCGAGGACGAUGAACCCAGCGGCGGCGAGUACGGUGAAUACAACCGGGUUGCCGGCCAGGAUUCGGAUCUGGUCAGCUCUGUACCAACCGAACAUUUCAACGACGACUUGCACGUUUCUCCCGCGGGUGGCCAACGGCGAUCAUUCCGCGUUCGGGCUAGUGGCGCCAUGCGCGGACUCAGCAUUUCCACCACCACCAUUCCGGAAGACGACGGACCUCCGUCUCCUAUCAAGUCGGCCCCGCCGACAAUCACAUCAAUGGCAGAGGCAGGAGGGUUCCCACAUCUUCAUGCAUCUCAACGAGAAGAUUCUCCGGGUGUCCAAUCGACCGCUUCCAUGUCACCCGUCCGCCAUCAAACGCCAAACCCUCAUUAA